UGCCCUUUCUUCUCUCUUCCUGGAAGGAUGAAAAGCUAUAUCGUAGGCUCUUGGUACAACAGUGGCUUCUAUGGGCACUACAGAGGUCAAUUCAGGAGUGAUGGUGCUCAAGAAUAUCGCCUCGCAGCCAAGCCCCAGCCUCCAGACCUGUUCCUGCAGCGAUGCCAGGAGCCAGUGAGACAACAUUACUUCUCCAAGCAUGACAACCGUACUUCCUACGACAAAGGUCCCUACUGGAUGCUGCAGGGAAUCGGGAGGCGGAAAGAUCUACAACAACUGUGGCAGCAACACAAUUUCCUGCGCUGGGCACCCUGUGAGCUGGAGUUGAGUCAACAGCGGCCCCAUGUGUCCUCCUACCAGACCAGUUUCCAGAAAAAAACAGGAUUUAGUGACUUCCCUCAGCGCCUUGUCCACUUUAUACAGCUCCAGACACCCAGUAUCUAUACCACGUAUCAGCAGAACUUCUGUCAUCCCUUCCGAGAUGGCCACUAUGGAAUCAACGAGGUACAACCCAAAACCCUUGACCCCACAACCCCACUGUCCAACCUCCCGGAUAUCCCAAGGCGCAAGCAACUGCAGCACUACUUUCAUAAUGGGGUCUCAGAGUGUCUCAACUGGUCCAUUAAAGAAUGA